ACGUUACCGCCAAUCCUAUCCUUCGUUGUGGAUUGCCGAUUACGUUAUCAACUCACCCACACAUCCAUUACUCUUCACUCUUCACUUUCCCGCCGGUAAACCGGAGUUACAAAAAUGUCAUUCUCAUCCACUCUAUUCUCUCAUCACGUUCGUUUCACCACCAACCAACUCUCAAACCCUAACCCUAAGCUCCACAGCCUAAACAACCGAAGAUCCCUAACCGUAUCCGCAAUCGGCACCGACACACUCGACGGAACAACACUCGCGGUCAUCGGCGGCAGCUCCGUCGCCGCGCUUGCCGCCGCAAUUUCACUUUCAGAUCCGGAGAAACGCCGGCAGUUACAGGCGGAGGAGGUUGGAGGCGGUGAUAAGGAGGUUGUGAGAGACUAUUUCACUAACGACGGUUUUCAACGGUGGAAGAAGAUUUACGGAACUACGGAUGACGUCAACAAGGUGCAGUUGGAUAUACGAAUUGGACAUGCGAAGACUGUGGAGAGUGUGAUGAAGAUGUUGACUGAUGAAGGCUCGCUUAAAGGUGUUAGUGUUUGUGAUGCAGGAUGUGGUACUGGAUUGUUGUCGAUUCCGUUGGCGAAAGAAGGUGCUGUUGUUUCGGCUAGUGAUAUUUCUGCUUCUAUGGUUUCUGAAGCUCAGAAACAGGCAAAAGAGGCACUAGAGGGCAAAGAUGGUGUACAGAUCCCAAAAUUUGAAGUGAGUGAUUUAGAAAGCUUAAAUGGGAAGCAUGAUACAGUAGUGUGUUUGGAUGUACUGAUACACUAUCCACAAAGCAAGGCUGAUGGCAUGAUCGCGCAUCUUGCAUCGCUAGCUGAAAAUCGUUUGAUACUCAGUUUCGCACCCAAAACGUUCUAUUAUGAUCUGUUGAAGAGAAUUGGAGAACUUUUUCCAGGACCUUCAAAGGCAACGAGAGCAUAUCUUCACUCGGAAGCUGAUAUAGAACGGGCAUUACAGAAAGUUGGCUGGAAAAUCAGAAAGAGGGGUCUCACUACCACACAGUUUUACUUUUCACGGAUCGUUGAAGCCGUUCGCGCUUAGAUUGAUGACAGGUCAGAUUUAUGCGCAUUCACAAACUAUUUUUGGUAGCACCAUGUUUUAAAAUCUGAUCUCUAUGUAUUCUGUAAUGCGAUGUAAAUUAGCGUAGAUGAUGAAAAUUCAAGGAUAAUCUUGUUUGAUUACAAGAUAAAAUCCAAAACGUGCCGGUUUGUCUGUGAUCUGAAGUAUAGUUAAAUUAAUUGCAAUUCAAAUUAAGAUA